ACUCUAGAUCCUCCCUCCAAGACUGAACAGCCUGCAAAUUCAACUGUAGCUGCUAUUGCUAAUGAUUUUUCCUUAGUCUUGAAAGUUGAAGUGAAAGGCCCCUAUGAAUACCUGUCACUUGCUGAUUACCCCCGCAUGAUUUUUUUCAUGGUGAUGUGCAUUGUGUACGUUUUAUUUGGGGUCCUGUGGCUGGCCUGGUCGGCUUGUUAUUGGAGGGACUUGCUGCGAAUCCAGUUCUGGGUAGGAGCUGUGAUCUUGCUAGGGAUGCUGGAGAAAUCUGUAUUCUACGCAGAGUUCCAGAACAUCCGCUACCAUGGAGAAUCAGUGCAGGGAGCUGUAAUCCUGGGAGAACUGCUGUCAGCUGUGAAGAGGUCCUUGGCACGGAUACUUGUCAUCAUAGUCAGCCUUGGUUAUGGCAUAGUCAAACCCCGUCUUGGUGCCACACUGCAUAAGGUUGUCAUGGCUGGAGCCCUUUACCUCCUCUUCUCUGGUAUGGAAGGUGUGCUGAGGGUCUCAGGGCAUUACUUCAGUACCGUAGCAUUGAUAGCACAUCUGGCUCUGUCAUUGAUUGAUGCCUGCAUUCUCUUUUGGAUCUUCAUUAGCCUGACACAAACCAUGAAACUGCUGAGGCUACGAAGGAACGUGGUCAAGCUGUCUCUUUACAGACACUUCACAAAUACGCUUAUCUUGGCUGUAGUAGCAUCAAUUGUAUUUAUUAUCUGGACCACUAUGAAGUUCCGCCUCGUAGACUGUCAAUCAGAUUGGCAGGAGCUCUGGGUAGAUGAUGCUAUA